UUCCCGGUAGGAGUGGAUCUCUAUCAGAAAUAAAACGUUGUCACAGAACCAGAUUUUAAGAACCCUAGCUUCGAUCUGGACACCUCGAUCUAAUCUCAUCGAUCAAUUACGCCAGCUUCAAUCCGGGUUUUAAACCAUAUAGAGAAUAUGAAGAAAGGGAAAUCUUCGAAGUCGAAUCAUCAAGACCACCAUGAACAGCUGCACUACCAAAACAACCAUCUGGGUGCUUCGAAAUUUGCCAAAUUGUUUGACCCGGAAGCUUCCUGGGACAAGGACCAACUAGGAGAUGUAUUGCAUUGGAUCCGACAAGUGGUGGGACUUGUAUUCGGGUUGCUAUGGGGUGCGAUACCUUUGGUGGGAGGCAUAUGGAUUCUACUAUUUCUGGCGUUAUCCUCUGGUAUAGUAUACAGUUACUACGCGAUGGUACUAAAGAUCGAUGAGGAAGAAUUUGGUGGUCAUGCAGCACUUCUGCAGGAGGGUCUGUUUGCUUCUCUGAGUCUGUUCCUGCUCGCGUGGAUUCUGGUGUAUAGCUUGACCAACUUCUGACAGAAUCUGACUGAAAGCUGAUGAAUGAGAAGGUGCUUUCAUGGCUUCUCGGGUUGGCAUGAUUCUUUUACGCUGCCUGGAUCCUUUUUUUUUUGGUAGAAGAUGACUAAGAUUCCAGUGUCACUUUUGGGAUUGAUUUAUACUCGCAAAUAAACAGAGUUCGAAAAUUUCGCUUCA